UCCUCGCACCAUGACCGGAGGAGUUCCCUCGAUUCUCAGGGAAUUAUACAGACUGAGACUGGCAGAGUCAGAGAACCACAGAGAGAUGGGCUGGCUAGCAGAUAACAGCACGUUCCACUCCAACAUCCCUGAGGCUGCUGACCUGGUGGUGGCCAUGGUCUACUCUAUAUUUGGUGUGUGUUCUCUGGUGGGUAACACCAUACUACUCUAUGUCUCCUAUAAUAAGAAGAUUCUGCUGAAACCAGCAGAGUUCUUCAUCAUUAACCUGGCUGUCAGUGACCUGGGCAUGACCCUUAGCCUCUACCCCCUGGCUGUGACAUCUAGUAUCUACCACAGGUGGUUGUACGGUAAGACAGUGUGUCUGGUCUAUGCCUUCUGUGGAGUGUUGUUUGGUAUCUGCAGUCUGACCACCCUGACCAUCCUCAGUACUGUGUGCUGCCUCAAGGUCUGCUACCCACUCUACGGUAACCGGUUCAGCCCAGACCACGGUCGUAUCCUGAUAGUGUGUGCGUGGGCUUAUGCCCUGGUGUUUGCCUGUUCCCCUCUAGCCCAUUGGGGUGCAUAUGGCCCAGAGCCCUAUGGCACGGCCUGCUGUAUCGACUGGCAGCGGUCCAACCGGGACGGUGUGGCCAGGUCCUACACUGUGGCACUGUUCCUCUGCUGCUACAUUCUGCCCUGCUGUGUCAUCACUUCCGCCUACUCACAGAUCCUGGUCACGGUCAGGGAGUCACGGAGAGCAGUGGAGCAACACGUCUCACAGCAGACACGCAUGGGGAAUGUACAGACCACCAUAGUGAAGCUCAGCGUGGCGGUGUGUAUUGGUUUCUUCGCAGCGUGGAGUCCCUACGCCCUGGUCUCCAUGUGGGCAGCGUUCGGUCACAUGGACUCCAUCCCUCCGAUGGCGUUUGCCAUCCCUGCCAUGUUUGCUAAGUCCUCAACCCUCUACAACCCUCUGGUCUAUCUGUUGCUGAAGCCCAAUUUCCGCCACCUCCUGUCUAAAGACCUUCACUCCCUCCACAGGGCCUGUGUUCUUCAGUGUCGCUGUGUCCGCCACCUCCGCCGCUUCUCCUACCGCUCCGUCCUUGCCGUUACGCUACGCUGGCUAUGCCCGCAGGGAUCAGAAUCAAACUCCGCCCCCAAUGUGGUGACCACUGCUGCCACGGCCCACGCAGUGCUAUGCUCCUCGCAAUGCCCCUGCGAGCACUGCCAGGAUACGUUUGAGUGUUUUAAACAGUAUCCGAGACGUUGUCAUGUCAACGUCAACACUGUGCAGCUCUCACUACAGGACAGUAUGUCUCCUGUUGUACCCCAUGCACCAGGCCCUCCCGGACCCCCGGUUAAAACUGCACCCCCUGUUCCCAAUGCCAAGAGCUCAGAGAUAGACAGUCUAGAGAUCACCUUGGAGACAGUCCCCUCCCACUACAAGGCUGCCGGACCCUGAGAAACACACAGAGACCUUUAUACACACACACACGUGAACGUAUUUCCUCAACAUCAAUGUCUUAAGACGAAGAUCUGGGUUUUUUUAACGAAUGUCUGUAAAGUAAAUCUGUGCCAAUUUCUAAAUCAAAAGUGAAUCAAAAGUGAAUCUAUUAAUAUGAGUUUAUUUUUAUAUUAAUGUAUUUUUAUUUAUUCAUUAGUUAGUUGUACUGUAUGUCUAAUUGAAUAGGUCAUCAUGUUGCAACAGGUUCUUAACCCUUUAACCAGUACAACUUCACCCAAUCAGAUGAGAGCAGAGGUAGACCUCAAACAACCAGAUCAGAGUUGAGGUGCACCUCAACCAAUCAAUGGCAAUCCCUUUAUGAAGAGAAUUAAGAUGAUCAAGACUGGUUUAAAUUAUAGUUUACAUAUUUUCUAAAUCAUAUUGUUUACAGUAGAUAUUAACAGUAUUGGUGUGUUGUUGUUGAUGAUAAACCUUACUCAGAGAGAACAAACAAAGUUCUGAGCGAA